AUGGUGGCCGACCUGAUGGUUGGUACCAAUCAAUACCCUGCAGGCUCGCGCUUUCUUUCCCAGGAAGCCGAUUGGGUCGAGUUACCUAGUCGCAGUUUAAUCCGGGGCCGCGAAGCAUUCGCAUGUGCGGAGUCCUCUGCCGGGGAAGUCACUUGCAUCUUGGUUAAUUGUCGCAAGUUCCACGCAGCCGGUGCUUCUUCCUCAGAAAUCCUUUUUGGGGCUAUGACCAUCCUUGGUUCUUCGGGCAGUGCCUUGACUGUGGCAUAA